CGCUGCGGACGCGCGCGCGGCGGAUGGACGGGAACCGAGGCGAGGACGGGAAACGCGGACGGCUGCAAUUAAGGAAGGGCAUUAGCGUCCAAAAUCACACAUGCGUGGGUAAAACGUCGUUCUUUUCGCAAUCGCAGCAACGGCUAGAACGGCGUUCUUUUUAGAUACGGAGGGAGUAUGAUUGGUUGAUAGAAAAGAGAAUAAUUGAGUAAGUAUUAAUCAUUGACUCAUAUGAAGAAACUAUGCAUUGAGGGAUGUAGUUUCUAAACAUAGUGUCUUGUUUAUGUGGUAGUAUAGACAUUAUCUAUAGACACUAUGGGUUGGGACUGGUCUAAUGGGCAUGGAUGGAGGACGCUGUGACCAGCUCUCGAUGGAAAGGGUAACUUGGCUCAUAGUUCCCAAAUUUUUUUCUACAGUACCAAUUACAUUGAAUCUUCGGACACAUGCAUGAAGUAUUAAAUGCAGUUGGAAAAAAUAAUUAAUUAUACAGUUCAACUGUUAAUGACGAGAUGAACCUUUUAAGCCUAAUUAGUCCAUGAUUGGACAUUAAUUGCCAAAUAACAAUUAAAGUGCUACAGUACCCAAAUACAAAAAAAAUCACAAACUAAACACAACCUAACUUUCAAAGUACACAUUCAAGUCCUUAAAUUUUUAAUCGUAUCACUGAGAUCCAAUUACAGAUCUUAAUCUAAACCGAAAGUUGUAUAAUUUAUUCACGUAUAAAAUUAUAUAUAAAAUAUAUAGCAAAUUAUAAAAAAUUACUUGUACAAAAUACAAAAGAUCCGUAUACAAAAUUACAUGUAAAUGAAAAUCAUAUGACAAAAUUUGUAAAAAGAUAAGAAAAUAGAAAAGAUAAUUGUGGAGGAAACAUUGGAAAACAUUUUGGGACAUAAAGUUUGAAAUAAAUUUGGAGAAAAUUUUAAAAAUGAAAUAAGAGUUGAGCGUAAAAUUCAAAAAUAAAAUUUGAGACCACAUCCACAUCAACAAAAAUACUUCUGUUCAUAAUUUAAAAAUGGUGAUUAGAACUUUACGUGACACAAUUAGCAAGUUUGAGAACUGGAUGUGCAAUUUGAAAGUUUACCUAGAUGAUACUAGGAACCAAAUUCGAGAGUCGACGGUACAUUUUACUGCGCUGGAAAUAGCAUGCUGUGAACCCCUAGGCCGCAAGUACAUGUUGCCAAACCACAUACUUCCGAAACGUCCGACACAAUCUUAUCAAAACUCAUACCUUGUAACCCGUGCAGCAUCAAUGCCCCGUGAAGUAAAAGUCCAACCGGCCGCGUCCCUACAUGCUUCCUUUUGCCGUCCACUUGGUCUUUGAAACGUUGCUUACGCUCAUCCAAGCCCCGUGCUUUGUUGUUUUGGUCCUAAAGUCCCGUGCCUCUGUAAGAUAUUCAGCAGGAUAACUUAUUCUUUUGGUCCUAAAGUCCCGUGCCUCUGUCCAAACAUAUUGCAGUCGCCAGUGAAAUUAGAUCCGCAGGAGUAUGUUUUCUUUGCAUUCCUAUCAUCCGUCCGGCCAAUUUCUUUUCCAUCUUUGGAGCAUGUGCCCAGACUCCACCGUUCCCGGAGUCCAAGAACCUCUCACAUCACCUCGUCUCGCUCCCCGCUCGCUCUAGUAAAACAAUCUAUCGUAUACCAAACUUAUACAAACAAUUUUGAACAAAACUUUGAGAAAAAAUAAUGAAGAAAAAACUCUGAAUAGAUAGAUUCCGUAAACAUUUGGAUUAGAGUAUUUUGAGAUUGAUAAAUUUUGGAAACAAAUACCAUGCUGCAAAAUUUUUGUACAAGAAAAAAUUUGGGAGCCAAAAAAGUUCAAGCAAAAGAUUGGAAAUAGAUGUUUUGACACAACAUUUCAAGAAAAAAGAAAAUAAAAGAAACAAAAAAGUUGAAGAUGAAAAUAGAAAAGGGAAGGUGAAAGUGGAUUGCACGGACACACCGUGCGUAUAGCUGUCGUGCGGCCCACUAGCCCGCACGUGAACGGGCAGCGCGUCGUCCGCUGCGAGCCCUCGCCGUAUAUAGGACUGGGUCUGCCUGGCCUGUCGGCUGUCACUUAGCACAAAUUAGGCAUCAAAUGUGUUAAUAGUGAGAUAUUCUGUUCAAACUAGCAUUUGAUUAAUGGCGCGCUGAAUCAUGCAUAUGAGUACAACACAGUACUGUCCACACAAUGUGUCAAAAACAUGACGUAGGACUGGCUGAUUGGUUGCCACUUACCACGGUGAUGCCAUGUGACUGGCUGAUCUAAUCACCUGCUACAUCACCCAACAAAAUUACCAACCCUAUUGAUGCUCUGUUCAAAAAAAUAUCCUUACAUUUAUUGAAGUGACUUAAUGUUAAUGAAAGAACUAAAAAACAGAUUCACCCGCAAAAAAAAAAAACUAGUAGAUAGCUAUUAGCCGACGUCUUCCCUAUCAUCCGAUCUAGAUACUGAUAUGUGGGACCCAAGAUCAAGGGACAGAUGUCAGAGGAACCAUUUCCCUAGCCAUUAGCGCUUGACCAACAACUAUGUUAAGUCUCUAUCAAUAUCCGGUUAAGUACUUAUGGAUUAGGAUGGUUGUGCAUAUCUUGCUACUACCUGUAUCGUGUGACGUAUCACGUAUUCUGAUUUAGUUCUAGGAACGACAGACAGAGCCUGCCUGUGGGUCUGUGUCAUGCAUAUAAUAUUCUGGUUAUGCAUGUUAUUACCAAAUACUAAACAAUAUGAGCUCCAGCUAGCUAGGUAUAAAAAACCAUGGUGACAGGUGCACUUAAUUAUGCUCUUCAUACAGCUAGCGUCAAGUUAACAAGCCACCGCCCUGUAUAUAUAGAACACGAUACGAGCAAAGUUACCACUACGAAUUAACUUGGAGCAGCUCCUAGCUUUCUCCUAGCUCACUAAUAAGUGCCCAGCGCUUUCUCCUAGCUAGCUAGACUUGGACGAUUCAACCAAGUCGCCAAGGAGAGGGGCACACAUGUAUCCCUACACUUUCAGAGGUUCGCCACCAUUGUGUAGCCUCCUGUUGAUUCGCCAAGCCGCACAUCCAAAACAUUUUUUGCAUGGGGUAAGGUGUCGCGAGGCAACUAUCCAUCAUCAGGUGCAACUGGGUACAAGUCGAUGCGGCUACCGGUUCCAUCCCAAGUCCGGCAACCACCCACUGUGGCAUCAACGUCACCCUUCCCACCCCCACAGUGUCCUCCACAGCGCCAGCGACGUCGCCUAUGACAUUGAGGAGCUCUGGCAUGCCUGGCAGGCCGAUCCCUCCUCCGUUGCUGAAUUAUGGAGCAACUUCUUCGGCAGCUUGGAAGCAAAAGCCUCCACCUCCGCCGUCGCCGCAAGCCAAACCUUGCAAGAGACAAUGCAGCUACUCCACCUGGUCGCCGAUUUCCAGAUCCACGGCCACACCAUGGCCAAGCUCGACCCACUCGGCCUCGACGUCCCGGAUGACAUCGACCUCAGCCUCUACCACUUCACGGAGGCCGACCUCGACAGGAAGUUCUUCUUCGGUUUCUCGACGAUGUCGGGCUUACUUUCUGACUACAACCCGGUCGUCACUCUCCGCGAAAUCCUCCGGAAGCUCCGGCAGGCCUAUUGCGGCAGCGUCGGUUAUGAAUACAUGCACAUCCCGGACAGGGACAAGUGCCAGUGGCUCAGGGACAGGAUCGAGACCGGCAAGCCCCACGACGACAACGACAAGAACCGUCGCCUCGUCGUGCUCGAGAGCCUCACCCGGGCCACGCUCUUCGAGAGCUUCCUCGCCGCCAGGUGCCCUGCUUCCAAGCGAUACGGCAUCGCCGGCAGCGAGACGCUUAUCCCUGGCGUGGAGGCAUUGUUCGACAGGGCAGCCGAACUCGGCGUCGAGAACAUCGUCAUAGGGACGUCGCACAGGGGUAGGCUCAACCUCAUGGCCAACGUCCUCGGCAGGUCCAUAUCGCAGAUAAUCAGCGAGCUCACCGUCGGGCCGAGGCCUGUCCAAGUUGCUGACGGCAAGGACCCGAUCUUCACCGGCACCGGCGAACUCUACUUCCAGCGGGGCGUCUCCUGCGACAGGCCUACUCAUGGUGGCAAGAAUGUUCACCUGUCAUUGGUCGCAGGUCCCUGCCACCUCGAGGCCAUCGACCCCGUCGUCAUGGGCAAGACGCGCGAGAAGCAGUUCUUCUCCGGCGAUGUCGGCAGGACGAGGACCAUGAGCGUCCUCGUCCACGGUGACGGUGCCUUCACCGGCCAGGGAGUGGUUUACGAGACGCUCAACCUGAGCGCCCUCAAGAACUACACCACCGGAGGGACCGUCCACGUCGUUCUGAACAACCGGGUCGCCGCCACGGCCGAUCGGAGCGCCGGCAGGUCGUCCCGGUACUGCACCGACGUCGCCAGGGCCCUCGGCGCCCCGGUAUUCCACGUCAAUGGCGACGAUGUGGAGGCGGUAGUCCGCGUGUGCAAACUUGCAGCUGAGUGGCGUCAGACGUUCCAUUCGGAUGUGGUGGUUGAUCUGGUCUGCUACCGCCGAUUCGGGCACAACGAACUUGACGAUCCCACCUUGACGCUGCCAGAAAUGUACCAGGUGAUUAAGAACCAUCCCAGUUCAUUGAACCUGUAUGAACAAAAACUCCUAGGGGCAGGCGAAGUUUCAAAUGAAGAUGUACAAAAGGUCCAUGACAAAGUGAACAUAUCCUUAGAUGAAGAGUUUGCAAAGAGCAAAGAUUUUGUUGUCAGCAAGAGAGACUGGCUCUCGGCUUCUUGGACUGGCUUCAAGCCACCCGAGCAGAUAUCUCAUGUAUUUGAUACAGGGGUUAAGCAGGACAGACUGAAACUUGUUGGACGGGCGAUUACCAGACUACCUGUGAACUUCAAGCCCCAUAGAGCAGUGGAAAAGCUUCUGAAGCAGCGUGUCGCAAUGAUCGAAACCGGUGAGAAAAUCGAUUGGGCGUUUGCAGAAGCGCCUGCCUUUGCGACACUAGUAGAAGAAGGCAAUCAUGUUAGGCUAAGUGGGCAGGAUGUGGAGAGAGGGAAUUUCAACCAAAGGCAUGCGAUUCUACAUGACCAAGAAACUGGAGCGAGAUACUGCCCGUUGGACAAUGUUGUGAUGAAUCAGAAUGAGGGGCUGUUUACAGUUAGCAACAGUCUACUUUCAGAAUAUGCUGUUCUUGGGUUUGAAAUGGGUUACUCCAUGGAGAAUCCGAACUCACUGGUUCUCUGGGAAGCUCAAUUUGGUGACUUUGCCAACUGUGCGCAAGUGAUCUUUGACCAAUUUCUGAGCUGCGCGGAGGCAAGAUGGUUGCGCCAAACUGGGCUUGUUGUUCUACUGCCACAUGGUUAUGAUGGCCAAGGCCCUGAUCACUCUGGGGCCCAUUUGGAGCGCUUCCUCCAGAUGUGUGAUGACAAUCCCUUCGUUAUACCUGAGAUGGAACCAACGCUCAACAGGCAGAUCCAGGAGUGUAAUUGGCAAAUCGUUAAUGUGACAACUCCUGCAAAUUAUUUUCAUGUGUUGCGUCGUCAGAUACACAGGGAGUUCCGAAAGCCACUGAUUGUCAUGGCUCCUAAGAACUUACUCUGGCACAAGGACUGCAAGUCCAAUAUCUCCGAGUUCGAUGAGGUUGAAGGCCAUCCAGGAUCUCGUAACCAGGGAACACGCUUCAAACGGCUGAUAGAGGAUUGUAACAAUCAUAAUUCAACUGAGGAAAGUGUUAAUCGUCUGAUAUUGUGCUCUGGGAAUGUGUACUAUGAACUUCGUGACGAGCAUGAAAACUCAGGCCGUACUGAUAUCGCGAUCUGCAGAGUCGAGCAGCUUUGCCCAUUCCCAUAUGAUCUUGUCCAGAGAGAGCUAAAACGAUAUCCAAAUGCGGAGAUCGUGUGGUGCCAAGAGGAGCCCAUGAACAUGGGUGCAUACAACUACGUCUCUCCCCGGCUGCGCACAGCUAUGAGGGCCCUUGGGCGAGGCUCCUUUGAAGACAUAAAGUAUGUAGGCAGGGCUCCUUCAGCAUCUGCAGCCACAGGGUUCCCGUCCGUUCAUGUCCAAGAACAGUCGGAGCUGCUGAAGAAGGCGUUGGAGCCAGAGCCGAUCAAGAACUGGUGAGGGAGCCUUCAACAGAUCCGAAGGUCUGAGGGGGCCUUCUUUACCAUCAAGGGCAUCAUGAGCAACCUCCGGUCCCUUAUCAGGGUCCGAUUGGAGGUUAUUUCUAUGAAGUUAAAGCGCGUGAGGCUGCGAUCCCAACAGCAUGCGGCAGUGACAGUUCAGAUCACGGCGUAGGGUAUCGUGAUGUGGAGGGAGACUACGAUGGUCACGCACCUCGUCGAGUUUGGUUGGACCCUUGUACCUUGUAGGUUAUUCUCUGAAGUCUGAACUUUUUAGCAGAAGGGGAACAGCAGAAUGUUCCUUUCACAAAAAAAAAAA